AUGUCUGAAGAAGUUGCCUUUUCUUUCAAGAAGAAACCUAUACAAGAUUUACCUAAACAUUCAUCGAUAUCAGAGAUUUUACCUGCUACUGAUAAGCUCAAGUCCAAAAUCGAAAGUUUUGAUGGCAAUAAUUUGAAUAAUGUUAAUUAUGACGAACAGAUUAGAGCUCCUCGAAUAAACUUCAAAACUUAUGAUAUUAAAUUUCCUAAUGAUAUCAAGGAGACUGAAGAAGAAUCUGAAAUAACAAAAUCAACCUCACCUAAUUUGGAAGAUUCAGGUUUACAAUCAAAAGAAUCAUUUGAAAAGAAUUUCCAAAAUAAAUACGAAAUUUUCGAAAAUAAGUUGGACUAUAAACCAGCAAAUUUCGAUUUAAAUCAUAAUAAUUAUACCUAUUCAUCAAGUGAAAUCAACUUAUCCAAUGAUAAAUUAGAUGCCAUCAAAAAUUUGACCAAUAACUUAACUACUGAAGAAAGAACACAAAAUCCAUAUAAAUUGAAGAAACCUUUAAGCAUACCUGCAGUAUUAAGACCAAAUGUCGAUUCCAGUCCUGAAACUAACAACAGUCCAACAUCAUUAUCAUCAUCAUUAUCUCUUGGACUCAAUAUCACAAACACGAAUUUAAGCAGCAAUAUCCGAGCAAGCAAUGGUAAUAGUGGAAGUUUCAGUAGUAGCGGAUCUGGCAGGGCCGGUAGAAGUGCAAGCAUUUCAGCUAUUAAUAAUUUGAAUGAGAUUGAGGAUUUCGAACCUAUUGAACCAACUCAUGAACAUUGGAAACCUAAUAAUUUCUCAACAAGUUGUAUGAAAUGUUUUUCAAAUUUUUCAAUCUUUAAUAGUCGUAGACGUCAUCAUUGUAGAUUUUGUGGAUUUAUAAUAUGUUCAAAUUGUUUAUUCAAUUCGAACUUAUACCUUCAGAACUCGGAAUCUAAUGAGUCUAAUGAUUUGAUUUAUAUUGAUAAGAAUUCCCGAUUAAUUAUCCCUAUUUUCAAAAACUUGAAUGAUUUACAAUUAUCAAAGUAUUUUAAACUUUGUAAGAUCUGUAAGAAUUGUGGGAAUAAUUAUCUUAACCUUUUGUUCCAAUUAAAUCAAAUAAAUGCCAUUGAUUUACCCUUUAUAUUUAUCGAAAAUCCUUUCAUUAAUAAAGAUAAAAAGACUGUAGCCAUAGAAGAAAGGAAAAAUAGUUUUGUUAAUAAUUCAGAUUGGAAUUGGAGCUCCUUCUAG